UCCGCGUCCGAGCCCGCCCGCGUGCUCAGAGCCUGGCGCCGGCGGCUCAGCUCCGCGCCCGCUCCCCGCUGCCACCGGCCGCUCCUUCCCCGUUUGUCCAUGUCCCUGCCUGUGGUGCUCCCGGGCUCCUGCUGCCCGGUGGCCGGGCUCUCCGGCGGACCGCAGGCCGGGGGCCCGGGCGCCGCGGCCGCCGCCGCCCAGGAGCCGCCGCUGCCCCCACUACGGCCGCGCUGGCCCCGGGCUGCGCUGCAGCCCCCGGCGCGGCCUCGCUGCGGGGCUACCGCGGCCGGGGUGCUGGCCGCGCCGCCUGCACUCUCUUCCCGCCGGGCCGCCGCCGCGGCCGGGGCUCCGGGCUCCGCGCUGCUGCCCGCUCGCCUGCUGUUGUCGCUCGGUCUGCUGCAGCUGAUCCUGGGCUGCUGCAUGGUGGCACUCAGCUUUGGGGCACUGUCGCUGAGCAGCUCCCCGCAGGUGAAGAACUCGUGCCCGUUCUGGGCCGGCUCCUCGGUGAUACUCUCUGGAAUCAUAGGAUUAACAACAUGGAAGCGACCUAUGAUACUCCUGGUGAAUCUCUUUGUACUGCUGUCUGUGGUGUGUGUCCUCCUGAAUUUAGCCGGAUUUAUUCUUGGCUGCCAGGGUGCUCAGUUUGUGUCCAGUGUGCCCAGGUGUGAUCUGGUGGACUUAGGUGAAGGCAAGAUUUGCUUCUGUUGUGAAGAAUUUCAACCAGCCAAAUGCACAGACAAAGAAAAUGCCUUGAAACUCUUCCCGGUUCAGCCUUGUAGUGCUGUUCACCUUCUCCUCAAGAAAGUCCUUUUCACCCUGUGUGCCUUGAAUGCCCUGACCACCACUGUCUGCUUGGUGGCAGCCGCCCUUCGCUACCUCCAGAUCUUUGCAGCCAGAAGAUCCUGCAUCGAUGAAUCCCAGAUUCCUGUGGAAGAAGUGGAGGAACACAGACGCGUCCCAGACCCUGAUGACUUCGUGCCGCCAGUGCCUCCCCCUUCCUAUUUUGCCACGUUUUACUCGUGCACACCCCGGAUGAACCGCAGGAUGGUUGGCCCUGAUGUUAUUCCCCUGCCACAUAUCUAUGGAGCACGAAUCAAAGGAGUGGAAGUGUUCUGUCCUCUGGACCCCCCACCUCCCUAUGAAGCUGUGGUGAGCCAGACAGACCAGCAGCAGGGAUCUUCAUUCCAAAUGCCAGAAGGAUCAGAAGUUGCCACCAGCCCAUUGGAACCAAUCUGCAUGCCAGGGAUUCAAGGUGGGGAUAUUCCUACCACACCUGGAGAAGAAAGCGCAUCCAUACCAACUCCCAACACAAACCAGCUGUGUCCGGCGAGGAGCUGGAGAGCCCUCCGACCCCUGAGAACAAGAUCCAAGAGUGAUCCUGUGCUCCAUCAUUCUGCUGAGAGAGCCGUCCCUGUGCUCAGCUGUGAGGCUGCGACUCAGACUGAGGGAAGGCUGGACUUGGCUGCAGUGACCUUGAGGAGAAGGUUGAGGUCCCGAGCUUCAAGAUGCAGACCGAGGUCUUUGAUAGAUUACAAGUCUUACAUGGACACCAAGCUGCUGGUGGCGAGGUUCCUGGAGCAGUCCUCCUGCACCAUGACCCCGGACAUCCAUGAACUUGUAGAAAACAUCAAAUCUGUUCUGAAGUCUGAUGAGGAGCACAUGGAGGAAGCUAUCACGAGUGCCAGUUUUCUAGAACAGAUCAUGGCUCCGAUGCAGCCCAGCACUUCCAGGGCCCUGGUGCUGCCCUCGCGGAAACAGCCUGGCCUGCUGCACCUGCGGAGCUGCGGAGAUCUGAGCACCUUCGUCCCCGCCGGGAGGCCCCCGGCGGAGAGGAGGCCCCGGCGAGCCGAGGCCGAGAGGCCGCACAGCCUCAUCGGCGUCAUCCGAGAGACUGUCCUGUGAGGCUGCAGGGCCGGGGCUCCUGAGGAGCAGGAAGACAGGUGGGCCCUGGAAGGCAGGGAGCCUCUUGAGGGGAUGGGUUCCCUGUCUGUUUCCUGACUGGGAGUUAGGGUGCCCUUCCAGCUUCUCCUCAGAAAGAGGGGGCACUCCGGAGAACAUUUAUUCCUGCUCCUGGGCUCCCGGGUUUUCUUUUCUGCUGGCUGCAGGCCCUUGAUGGGGGAAUGACAAGUUCUUCUGGGCCAUUUAUCUUUUGGAUACAAGUGGGAGACUGUGAAUGAAGCCCAAAGCUCCUCUGCCUGGGUCCGCCCUGCUGUGGGCAGAAGUGGCUCAGGAUUCGGUGCCUGCUGCACCCCUCACGAUUCUUUUCUGCACUGAGCUCUUGCCUUCUCUGGAAGGGCAGAUGUGCUGGCUCUAUGUAUUUGCUGCCAAGUGAGAGUGGAACUGGCCCAGAAGCAGGGUGAUGGACCCCGAUAUUCUGUGAUCAUCAAGCCUCGUGUUAGAUCACUUUCAAAUCACAUUUUCUUACGGAAAACAGGAAACUUGUUUGGUGACAAAUUUUGAUGAAAGAAAUUUGGGAGAGAAUUCUUGUUGAUUCCAUUUAUUCAUGCUUGUAAAACUAGAGAUAGCUAAGGCAGAACUGAGAAUAAAAAUGUUUACCUUGGA